CAAUCUUCGCUAAUCUGCCAACCCCAUUAUCUACGAGAAACUGCAUACCCUCGAUCGUUUAAGGUCAUUCACAGCCCACCCUACAAACUCAAGCUGCCUGACUAAUCCAUACUCCCUGUAAAUUCAUCCCUCUUGUAUAGAAUGGACGCUUCAGAUCUCGACUCGGGCCUCUUCGGCAUCUCCCUGUCUGACUCAUCCGACGGGGAGGAAACCCUGAACAGCCAAAAGCCCAAUGGGAGGAACAAAGCAGACCGAACGGGGCAGUCGGAAGCCGAAUUCCAGGCCGUGAGGAAAGCCUAUGCGGUCAAAGUCGAGAACGGAGAGAUAUGGAAAACCGUUGAGUUGCCCUUAGAUGGUGAUGGCGCUAAGAUCGCGAAGCCGCAGGCUCAGGCGCUACUGCAUGCUGUCGAGGAGUUGUAUUUCUUCAGACGGUAUGAGGAAGCGGCGAAGUUCGUAGGCAGAGUCCUGGGCGGGGAUGGGAAGAGUGGUAGCGAUGAUGGGCUUGAUGAAGAUACCAGGAAGCUGUUAAGACACUACGAGACCAAGUGUGCUGAAAAGGUUCGAAUCGUGACGGCCAUAGAAAAUAAAAAUAGUCAAUGACGCAGCAU